AAAGCAACUAAAAUCCAUUAUAUGGGAAAGAUGGCAAGCUUACCCUUAGUCACCUGCAUCCAGAAAUUUGGUCCAUCUAGAUCAGCAGCAAUCAUCACCAGGAGGAGCACCUGGAACGUCUCUAGGCUGUUCGUGGCCUCUACUAGUCCAAGACCUAUUCAUGCAAGCUGUUCACGUCAAGAGGCUUCGGCGGCCACUGAGGCAAUAAAACAAGGAGCAAAUGAGGCGAAGAAAACUGGUGAAACUGUCAAUGAUAAGGCUUCCUCUGCUGCAGAACAUGUGACUCAAAAGACAAAAGAUAUAGCUGGGAAGGUGUCGGAGACGGCCAAGGAUGUCACUGAGAAGGCAAAGCAUACAGCAGAAGAAGCAUGGGGAACAGCCAAAGACACAGCCCAAAAGGCGAAAGACAGCAUGUUAGGCAAGGCUGAACAGUCGAAGGAAAGCAUCAAAGAAAAGGCAGAGAUAGUGAAGAAUAACAUGAACACCAAGAAUUGAUUUAUUCUUCCUUGCCUUUUUCCAGUUGCUUUUCUGCUCCAAUAUUAUUGAUAGUGUUUUGUUUUAAUUGGCGUUUUAUAUUUCAACAUAUAUAUAUAUAAGGGAUCUAGUUUCCAAUUGUAUCAUGGUAUCCAAUUCCAUGCAUCUACCGUUUGUAAGAAUA